AUGGCAACUGCAAACGAUUCAUUCAAUGUCAUCUCGGACAAGUCUUUUGGCUUCAUUGGGCUUGGUAUCAUGGGAUGGGGCAUGGCAAAAAACCUGAGGGCUAAGAUCCCAACCGAUUCAAUGUUGUAUAUCUGCGAAGUCAAUAAACCCCGACGAGACGAGUUUGCGGCGUCAACGGCAGGCAAGAUUCAAGUUGUGGAGAGUCCACGCGAGAUAGCUGAGAAGAGUCCUUCUGGUCAUAGCUCUAAACUAAAACAGGACAUAAUAAUCACCAUGCUACCCCGUGGCGAGCACGUUCGUGAGGUUUUCACAAACCCGCAGACUGGCCUCCUCUCAGUGGCUGGCUCGGUGAAGAUGGGAAGCAAAAUCUUUAUCGACUGUUCAACUAUCGACGUCAAGACCUCACAAGAAGUGGCUGCCGCCGUGGAAGCCUCUGACUUGGGAUGUUUUGCAGAUGCUCCUGUCUCUGGAGGUCAAGGUGGCGCCAAUACAGGCACACUGACCUUCAUGGUGGGAGGAAGCCCAGAGUCUUUUGAGACAGCCAAGCCUACUCUGGAGCUAAUGGUCAACCCGGAGAAUCUCUUCCACUGUGGGAAAGCUGGUGCCGGGUUGGUUACCAAGCUCAUCAACAAUUACCUCUCAGCCGUCAACAUGAUUGGAGUUUGUGAAGGCAUGAACAUGGGUCGACUCUACGGCCUAGAUCCUGUAUUACUUGCUAGUGCUAUUAAUAGCUCCACCGGCAUGUCGCGGAAUAGCCGGGAGCAAAAUCCAGUCAAGGGUGUUUCCUCUACGGCUUCUGCAGCAAUUGACUUUGAGGGGGGUUUUCUACUUUGCUCUGUCACGAUGGCCAUGGAAUUGAGCGAGCAGCUUGGGGCCAAGAGUUUGCUGGCACCUGUGGUUCGGGACAUGUAUGACUGCGCUGUACAGAAUGCCAAGUGUCGUGAUAAGGACUUUAGGAGUAUUUACCGACUAUUUAGUGAGGAGAAUGGAGACCAGUUACCGCGUAAGGAUCUGAAGAAUUAA